UCGCUUAGAAAUUGCUAACGCUGUUCAAAGACCUACUAAGCCUCUACCCGAAGAGAAGCGCUGCAGGAGAAUUAACUUGGGAAGAUCAUUUCAAAAGAAAGGAUCAUGAGCUCAGGUGCAGAAGUAGAUAUGAAGGAUGUAGAGCUGAAUGAGCUGGAGCAGGAUAAACAGCUAAUGCCCAGUCCUGGAGAAGAACCCUCUGUGGAGAAGAAUGGUUGUGUGGCUGUCAAACUGCCUGAAGAAGUAGAAGCUAAGUUCACAGGCCUCUCCAAAGAAGAGCUGAUGAAGGUGGCUGGUACCCCAGGUUGGGUGCGAAUUCGCUGGGCAUUGCUUAUCCUCUUCUGGCUUGCCUGGAUUGGCAUGCUUGUGGGUGCCAUUGUGAUUGUUGUACAGGCACCACGCUGUAAGUCACUCCCUUCAAGACAAUGGUGGCAGAAAGGUGCAAUUUACCAGAUUAGUAAUGAAUUUCUGGAUUCCAAAGAAGUCGUUGAGAGUAUUGAUUACCUGAGCCAGUUAAAAGUGAAAAGCCUCAUAGUGGGGCCAAUCCCUCAAGUAUACAGCUCUGGUUCAACAAUUGGAUCUAAUGAAAAUUUGACAAAUUUCCAAAAAGUGGCACAGAUGAAAGGCUUAAAAGUUGUUUUGGAUAUAACUCCAAACAAUGAUGUUGAUGAUCCCUGGAUUAACAUUUCUAGCAUAUAUAAGCAAAACAAAUUUAAGAGCAAUUUUGAGAACUGGCUGAAGGAUGGAAUAGAUGGAAUUAUGGUUAGUGAAGUGGAAACAAUACAAAAUAAUGCAUCUUUACUUUGGGAAGAACUGAAGAAUUUGACUAGUCAAUACAGUACUGAAGCCAAGCCCAGAAUCCUCAUUGGUGUGACAUCCUCUAAAGAUCUUGAGGAAAUUGUGAAAGCUGGGAACCAGUCAGGAGUAGACCUUUUGUUGUCUGGGGUUCUACACAUCUUAGGGAAAGCACCAACUGGUUCAGAAGUUGCUUUAAAUGUGGAGAGAUAUAUUACUGGACUUGGCACGGCCUGGCCUUUGUGGUCGGUGGGAAGCCGCACUGUGGGCCAUUUAGCAUCUCUGGUAGAAGAAAGGCUUGUAAAGAUUUAUCAAAUGAUGCUGUUCACACUUCCGGGUACUCCAUUCACCAAUUAUGGAGAUGAGAUUGGUCUUCAAGACCUAGUGGAAAAGGAUCAAAACUCUAAACUCCCUAUGAUGUUGUGGGACAAUUCGAAUUCCUCUGUCAUGGCCCAAACACAAGACACAAAUUCCAUGCUGAACCUGUACAAGCAGCUGAGCGACUUAAAACUGAAAGAUCGCUCCUUACAAUAUGGGGAUUUUUAUCCUAUUGUUCAUAAUGCCAGUAUCUAUGCUUACUUGCGUGAAUGGGACCAGAGUGAACGUUUUCUGACAGUGCUAAAUUUUGGUGAUCUGAAAACUAAGGUCUCACUCAUACACAACAAAUUGCCAGCAGAGGCCUCAGUGGCCAUCAGCACUUACUCACAGCGUAAUGAGUCCAGUGUAAACCUUGCAGAUUUCACACUGGAGCCAAAUGAAGGGCUCUUGCUGCGAUUCCCAUAUGUAUACUAAGUAGUACUGUCAUACAUGAGACUCUGAACUCUUUAAGCAGCAACGGCAGCAGCCUUCUGUCUAAACAGGACUUUGUGGCAUUAUAGAGCAGACUGUUAUCAUAUAGUCACAAAUGUGUAAAAUGUGGCGUAGUCGGGUAGUUCAGUAACCUGGCACUUAUAUGCCGAUUAACCAGCUCUAGACUUUGAAAUGAUCAAACAUUAUCUAAAAUUGUAGCUAAACACUACAUGGAUAUGUUAUUUUGGUUGUAAUGCUGCUUAAAAAGUCUUGGGUCUUUAACAAUUUUGACUUUCCUGUGUUAUCUGCUCUAGAAUUAUUUUUUUUUUAGUUUCAGCUACUACAUUACCCUCAACAGUUUGUAAAAUAUUCGGUUAAACAUCUGUAUUUGUUAUGCUGUUGUGGUAUCAUGUUUUUCAUUCUGUAGGUUUCCUUUUAGAAAAAAAAAGCAUUAAAAUGAAACACAAAAAUAAAUGCCCAGUCAAAACUGCAGCUAAGAAGACAUUACAUUUUUAAAAGCUUGGCUUUUAACCUUUUUUCUUCGAAACAUGAUGCUUCCUUCAGCCGAUAAGUGUAUUUUUUUUUAACAAACAAUGAGGCUACUUCAUAAGAUAACUGUCCUUGCAUUAUGGGGUAUUGGAUUCAAACCAGGUACUAUAACAAUGGAAACAACAUCUUUUUUUUAUCAUCAUUUACAGCAAAUGCUGUCAUUCAGUGUUUGCUUCUUUUAGUGCUAUACACAGAACACCCCAUUACAUCACACAAGAAUACAAAUCCAAGUAAUAAGACAGCAAAAUUCACAAUAAGAUAAUUGAAAUACAUUAUAUAUCAAACAUAAGCAAUCAUGUAUAGUUUGUGUUGAGGAAUAGCACUGUUGGGUUGAUGUUAUCAUGGUUUCUGCUGAAGACUGCAAAAAAAUGAUCAAUUUAAAAUGUAAAAUCAACACUACAGUAGCCUUUUGGACAAACCAAGUGAAAAAAGAAGAGGCAUAAAUCUAAAGGCUUUGAAAUCAAAAAAUGUCUGAUAGGUUGAUACAAUGAAAUUAGUGAUGCCAGGUAGUCUCAAGUGUUGGUAUUUACAGUUAUGUAUAGAGUUUUCAAAAGUAAAAUAAAACCAAACACCUCAACAGAUCUCUUUGCAAAGACAUAAAACAUUAUGGCUUGUGCCCCACUAUUAGCAUUUAAAGAAAGAAAAAAGUCCCUGAAAAUGUAAACUUUGUAGUAAAAAAAAAAGUUCCAUAUGAAAUGGUUACCUUUAAUCUGCCCUGCAUGCCAGUCUACAAAUGGUUUAUGGAUCAUGCUGUGAACAAAAAAAAUGCCAUGCCUGUUACUUAAGCCAAAGCAUUUUUAUGAAGAUUAUUUCAAGCUGAGGGUUCACCUGAGGAAUGUCCUAAUACAAAUGGCAAACUGAGGCUGAGAGGGAGGAAUGGCUCUUUAAAUGUGUAUACUCCUUUGUAUGUUUGCUGUGGCGGCCAGACACUUGAUAGUGAAGUCUCUCACCUCGCAUUAACGUGAGCUAUGGUCUGUUCUACUGUAUUUUGCUUUGCAAAAGUCGGGCUUCAUUAUUGAAAUCUCAUUAUUUGUUUUUCAAUGAGGAGCAAUAAACUGCAGAUUAAAACGGA